CCUGCCUAUAGUCAUGUCUAAUGAUAUUUAGCUUUGAAAGAAAAGGAGGGGUAUGAGGAGUAGAAAUGAGAACUAACAUCACAGAGGAGUCUUCCUGUUCUCUGGGUCAACCACAAGAUGUUUUGCUUAUUUGACACAGUUUGUGUCUGGUUAGAUUCUUCCUUUACGUUCCACUGUACUGAAUAAAUGACUGAAUGAACCAGUGAUGGUGAAAAUGCUGCCUUCUGCAUCUCUGGCCCUGUGUCUACUUAUUUCUGGUAUCACUAUAACCCCAGGUGUUUCUGAUAAGGUGACAUGGGUGGUGACUAUGACUCAUCACAGUAUCUGUGCUGUGACAGGAUCAUCAGUGGAGAUGCCCUGCUCUUUCACUCAUCAUCAUAAUAAUCAACUUAUAGUCAAUAAAGUCUACUGGGUAAUUAACGCCAAACAGGGAGCGCUCCCCCCUGAUCUCAAAACUGUCCAAGAGUAUGUGGGUCGAGUGCAGUACAAAACAGAUAUAGCGAAAACUUGCACAUUGACUCUGAGUGAUGUGAGACUCACAGAUACAGCUGACUAUUAUGCCAGGAUUGAAACAUCAACAACUGGAGAGCAAUGGCUAUCAACAAAAGUCAACCUCACUGUGAAAGACCUUUUUGUUAAUACAUCUGGACCAGCAAUUGAAGGGAAAAAUGUUAAGCUUAGCUGUAAGAGUCACUGCAAUCUGAUACAGAGCUCCAUAAUACUGUGGAAAAAGAAUGGGAUGAAUUUAUUUGAUACACAAACAAACAGCCAUGAUCUGGAACUCCAGAACAUCAAGAUUGAGGAUGAGGGCCCCUAUUAUUGUACAGUGAAGGAGACAAAUCAUUCAUCUCCACCACUUAAGCUUAAUGUCAUGUACCUUCCAAAGAACACCUCAGUUUCUGUUAGUCCUGCUGGUGAGAUAUUUGAGGGCUUUUCAGUGACUUUAACCUGCAGCAGUGAUGCCAAACCACCAGUGGAAACCUACACGUGGUUUAGGACAACCUCAACAUCUGCAGUGACAUCAGAAAAGAUGUACAGCCUCUCAAAUAUCAGCUCAAAACACAGCGGCUUAUACUACUGCAUGGUGAAGAACCAAUAUGGUGUUGGUAAUUCUACAGCUGUUCGCCUGGAUGUCCAAUACGCUCCCAAGAACAUCUCAGCAUCAGUCAGCCCCUCUGGUGAAAUAGUGGAGGGCAGCUCAGUGACUCUGACCUGCCGGAGUGAUGCCAACCCAGAUCAGAGCUACACCUGGUAUAAAAAGGAGAAGAGUGAAUCGGAGAUGUCAAAGAUAUCAACUAAGCAGGUUUACAGCAUCAAUAGAGUCAGCGCUGAACACACUGGAUAUUACUACUGUCAGUCUAGGAACAAGCACGGCCACUCAAACUAUACAGUUACUCAUCUUGAUGUUCUCUACUCCCCUAAACGGACGUCAGCAUCUCACAACCACACUGGUGAUCUAGAGGAAGGAAGUUCAGUGACUCUGACCUGCAGCAGUGAUGCCAAACCACCAGUGGAGAACUACACCUGGUACAGGCAGACUGGAGACAAAACUGCUAAAGUAGGCUCAGCAGAAACCAUCACCUUCACUCUGACCUCCUCCACUGCUGGACUUUACCACUGUGAGGCUAAAAACAGAAUUGCCUCUAGAAAUUCCCCUGCUCUUAAGGUCUCAUUGGCAGGCUCAGGGUGGCAAAGUUUGGUUCUGACAGCAGGAGGAGCUGUUACUUCCCUCAUAGUUCUCAUUGUGAUCAUAGCUGUUCUCAUGUCCCGGAGGAAGAAGAAUACAACCAACUCAUCUAGCGACUUUAGCAGUACAGCCAGGAACUCACAGGGUGCUGCUGACAACGAUUAUGUAAAUGUCAACCCGGCGACCUCUGAACCUACCCAGAAUGUUGAUUUAGGUAACCAAGAUGAUGUCCAGUACGCCAGCGUUCAGUUCAAGAGAUCUGGAGUUCAGCAAGUGCCACUCAACUCCACAGCCCAGAAUCCCAAACCACACACCCAGCAGCAGCAGCAGCAGCAGCAGCAGCAGCAGGACGAUGUGGAGUACGCAGCAGUCAACUUCUCUAGACACACUGCUGCCACCCAUGCUGGAGCAGAUUCAGAUGUCUACAGUCAAGUCAGCAAACCAAGAAAGAAAAAGGCCCAAGGACAGCGUACAACUCACCAGUAGCAACACACUGCAAAGAGUGAUAUUUCACCAAGUGUUAUGAUCAUAUAUUGAGAUUAAAAUUCUAACUUUUUUUAUCUUAAUAUAAGUUUAUAACACUUAGUAAUAUAUCACUUUUUGCAGUGUGCGUGACCAAUGACCUGCAUCAUCAGUCUUAGAGGUUUGGACACUUUCUCAAUGAAGAAUGGAAGAAUAUUGUAGCCUGCUGGUUAAGCUGUCACGGAUCCAUCAAUUGAUCCAAUCAGUAACUUUUAAUUUAUCUAAAACAUUAACACAUGUUCAUUGAUUUAUUCAUUCAAGUGCAUUUUCCUUGCAACAUGAGUGUAUGAUUUAAAUCCAACUUUGUGUCAGUUAUGUCAUUUUGUAAUCAGUUCCAUUAAAAAUAUUCUUUAAA